CUCAAGUCUCAAUUGCAAAUAAAGUUGAUAAAUCUAAGAGUGAGUUUGUGAAACAAUGGAGUGAAAUUUUUGUGAACUAAGACAUCAUAUCGCCUACUUCCUUCCGCAGCUAACUACUACUACUUCCUCCUCUUUCCCCCUUUCUCUCCUUCCUUGUCUGUAACAGAGAACAGCGUGUGUACCAUUUCCAUGGCAUCAAAAUUCUCCCUUUGAUUUUGAACCUCCAACACCAUGGAAAGCAGAAGCUCACGCAUAGACAACAAUGGUGGUGGUGCGUCUUCGUCUUCUACGCCACGUGAGAAGUUCAGUGUGUACCAAAAUGCAGCACUUUCCGCCGCUCUUACUUCCACCACUCUCCGCCCUUCCUCUUCUUUUUUCCUUCUUCUCUUCUUUUUCUCCUCUGCUUCUGCCGCCGCUUUCUUCGCCUUCUCUUCCAGGGAAUAUCGCGUCAUUGACAAAUUCAAAGUCAGGAAUGUCUCUGAUGAGAUAGCUUAUAUAUUAAUCAUGGUAGCAAAGAUUGUGGUGGGUUUAUCUUUCAUGGGAGCUUCUGCUGCCCUUAUUAAAGCGAUUUCCCUUGCAAGAGUUAGAAUUGGAGCUGGUGUUGUAGUCACAUCUUCCUCUGAUGGGACCAAGGUUGAAACUUGCCUUUCAGAUCGUCAAUUGCACCUUCUUGGAGUUAAAAAAAAGUCGGAUAAGGUUAUAGCAGAGCAGUCAAGAAAACCACCAGUAUCUAAAACACGAACUCCAACAAAUACCUUAGAUCCUCUUAUUCCACUUCAUCAGCUAGCUACAAGUUCAAGUCGUCCAUCACGAAUUGGUUCUGACAAAUCUAGCACUACUGCUUUUAAGAGUAAAACUUUUGUUGUCCCUUCAAAGUCAUCCAAUUCUCCUACCUCUCAUGUUGUGUCUCCUAGCUCACCUCAGCUAUCAUCAGCUAAGACUUCACCUGGUUCUGAUCAGUUUGUGUCAACACCGUGGUCAAACAAGCGAGCUUCUCCUGCUAAAGAGAUUUUAACGGAAGAUGAACUUGAACACUUUCUAGCUGACAUGGACAAGAAAUUCACCGAAUCAGCAGAGAAAUUAGCAACUCCUCCUCCCACUAGAGGUGGUUUCAGCAUAAAUAGUCCAAGUACAAUUUCUGGUUCAGCUAAUACAUCUGGAACAACAAGAACAACACCCUUGAGACCUGUUCGGAUGUCACCUAGUUCACAGAAGUAUAUUACACCUCCUAAGAAAGGAGAAGGUGAUAUUCCUGCUCCUAUGUCGACAGAAGAGGCAAUUGAAGCUUUUGAGCAUCUAGGCAUCUAUCCGCAGAUUGAGGAGUGGCGAGAUCGUCUGCGGCAAUGGUUUUCUUCUGUUCUACUCAGUCCUUUACUGAGUAGAAUUCAAAAUAGUCACAACAAGGUUAUGCAAGCUGCUGCUAAAUUAGGAAUAUCAAUUGCAGUGACUUCAAUAGGUAGUGAUUCUUCUGAUGCUGGAGCUCCAAGCAUGUCGCCAGUUGAUCGUGCUAAGGACUGGCAACCAUCUCCAGAUGAAGACGCGGUUCUUCACCAGCUGCGGGCUUACCUUGUGCAAGCUUUGGAUGCAUCCACUCAGAAGUUAGGUGCAGCCAAUCAGCAACAAACACCGCAGCAGAAUUCAUUUCUUCCUGUCAUACAGGAGUGUGUAGAUGCCAUCACGGAGCAUCAGAGGCUGCUUGCUUUGACAAAGGGAGAAUUAAUCAAGGGUUUACUACCCCAAAGUAGUGUUCCAGCUGAAUAUACAGUGCGAAGAAUUAAGGAACUGGCUGAAGGAACUUGCUUGAAGAAUUAUGAGUACAUGCGAAAAGAAGAGGCUUCUGAUAAAGCAAAGAAGAAGUGGACUCUCGAGCUUCCAUCUGACUCACAUUUGCUGUUAUAUCUAUUUUGUGCUUUCCUGGAGUAUCCAAAAUGGAUGCUACAUGUUGAUCCGUCAUCCUAUUCUGGAGCUCUGUCGAGCAAGAAUCCUUUAUUUGUGGGAAACCUGCCUCCUAAAGAAAGGUUCCCUGAGAAAUAUGUAGCUGUAUUAUCAGUUGUCCCCUCCACACUUCAUCCUGGAGCCUGUGUCCUAGUCAUUGGAAGACAGUCCCCCCCGGUAUUCCUGAUGUAUUGGGAUAAGAAGUUGCAGUUCUGUCUUCAGGGAAGAACUGCACUUUGGGAUUCUAUCUUGCUCUUUUGUUACCAGAUUAAGGAUUCAUAUGGUGGGCUUAUUCGUGGUAUCCACCUUGGCUCUACUGCAUUGAGCAUCCUGCCUCUUCUCGACUCUGACGAGGAAUAUUGAAUUCUUUCAUGGUCUUAAUUCAAUACAUUACCAUGCCUCUCUUACUAGAACUUUGUUUAAUAUUUAGCUGAUGCUUGACUAGUUAGCUGUUUAGGCAUGUUUGUGAGUACUUGUUUUGAGCAGCAUUGGCUUGCACAAGACUGGACAAUUGUUUGCCCUAAAAAAAGAGACUGGACAAUUGUUGCCUUUGUGGCUAUUCUUUCCCCUGGGCCACAGUUAUGUAGAAUGCUAACUUUACAUCUGGACAGUUUUACUCGGAAGUUGGAUGGUCACAACACGUCUUGGUGCUAGCAGAUCAAUUUUGAUAUUUUGUGUGAUCAGAUGACGAAAAUGUACAGUGGAGCUUUUCGGCUACCUUUUUGUCUCCUAGAGGCUUGGCUGGCGCUUGUUGCAUCUCUGUUUUUACUUGAAAGAUCAAGCGCAAGUAUUUCUAUGUGCGAAAGACUCGAGUUUAUCUUUAUUGAUUCUUUUUCUUUCUUUUC